AUGUGGUUCCCUACCGACCAUCGCCCGCCUAGCACCCAGGUGACGCCGCGAAAGGAGCGCCGCCUGCCGAAGCUCGAUCGUCCGGGAGGCGUUUCCGGUUGGAGCUCGGAUAUCAGUAAACCCAGCAAGGCAAGCAAAACGAGUAAAGGAAGCAAGGACAAAGUAAAAACAGGAAACAAAGCCAUGUCUGGUGCCGCUGUACCGACAGUGUCGAAACCACCGACCGGCGAAACUUCCCGCAAUGGUAACCAUUCUACAACGGAUAAACCGUUCUUCGUUGAGGACGAGCGGAAGUCGAAGAUCACCGUGAUAUCGCUGAAAUCAAACCGAACGUCACGUACUGUGCAGACGACGCAGUCUAGCCUUACGCCUCGGGUACCAGAAGUGUCGGAAGAGCCGCCCGCUUCCUGCUGCCAGUCACUACUGGCUAAAUUUAAAAGCGGAUUCAGGGAAGCCACAAUUAAGCGCAUCAUCGCUUCCGGUCUGAGCGCCGCCACGUGGCUGCUCUUCCUGUUCGGCGUGUUCCUUCCGUUUUGGAGCGUCUACACGUACACAUCUGUUGGCGUCUCCACUGGCUACUAUGGCGGCCUCUGGAACUACUGCGAGCGCUCCUCUACCAUCGGCACCCGCUGCACAACCUUCGCCGAGGCUGACCUGGCGCACUGGUUCCGGGCGGCGAGGGGCCUCGAGCUGCUUGCGUUCCUUGGGUCCCUGGGGCUGGUCGCCCUCGUGGUGGCAUUCAUGUUCUUCCUCAGAGAGGUCAAGUACGCCUUCAUUCAGUGGAUUAUCGUCGGGCUCUGCUUCGGAAUCGCCAUAUGUUCGCUGACGGGGAUGAUCGUGUAUGGUGCAUGUGAGGCGGACUCCAGCCGCCUCAGUAGUGCGUUUGGACUCACUGUCUGCGCCUUUCUGGGCGCAUGUGCGGCCGGCGCCAUUUUUCUGUGGGACAAAAUCGAUCAGAAAAAUGAACCUGAUCUCGCGACAAUGAGUUUUAGGGGGUUGUCCGCGAUCCCCAGCUCUCACGGCAACCGAGGUAACGAAAGUCGCCUAUCGCGCGUGCGUAGUACUCGGUCCGUGGGGCAGAGCCAAAUAAGUCACGUGCCCUCGACCAGUACGAAGAUAGGCGCCAGCGCUUUGGCCACUGUUCACCAACCUUCGCCUCCCAAAGAAGUGGAAGUGAAAGUAUAAACGGAGUUUUGCAUUGUUUGAACAUUUCUUCUUUGAUACAUAUAUUCAGUUUAAUUUAAAUACGUGAGUGUAAAUGUUGCAUUGUGAUAAAAUUAUUUUGUUACGUGAUAUUUUUAGUAUAUAUACCGUGUGAGACGAUACAUGACAAGUGUGAGUUUUGAUUUAUUUCCUGUGUAAUUUUAUUGAAUGCUGAAGUUUGUUGAUUCUGCGAUGAAAUGACUGCAUGUUUUAUUUGUGUUAAAUAUGUAAAACACUUCAACAAAUUUGUAAUUCAGACCAAUCCGCAAUCUCAAAAUUACACUGAUACUCCUUAUUCUUGUUUUACAUUAGACGUACAACUAUUUAACAACUUGCGCAACUUUUAAACAGAUCAUGAUUCGAUACAUGUAAUAAGUUUUAUUGUAUAAUUACUAUUGUUGGAAAAAUAUCAAGCCAUUGACAUGUGUUUUACAGAAGUGUUAUCUGUAAGCAUUGUAUACAUUUUACAUUUAUUUAUUUUUCAUACAGUGUUAUACAGUAAACAACAUUACAGAGCAAGCGCAGUUAUACACUUAUAUGAUGUAAAUUUUACAGAGCAAACGCAGUUAUACACGAAUAUGAUGUAAACUUUACAGAGCAAACGCAGUUAUACACGCAUCGAAUGUUCAAUAUUUGCUUAGCGCUGGUAAUGGACACGAACAUCUUGCCAUGCAACUUUGCAUUCAACCACAAGCAAAAACAAAUUCAAACUACAGCACAUGUCAAUGAAAAUAUGAAAAAGCACGCAAACAUGGAAUAAGAAAUACAACGGGCAAUUGAUAUACCGUUUUUUCUAAACAGUCAAAUCAUGAAAAUGUCAUGGUGGUUAAAUGCGUUAUUUAUAGCCUCGACAUGCUUCAGUGAUACUUUGGUUUUCGGGAAGAAAAUUUCAAUAAAGGAAUACUUUUGGUAUGCAUUCGAUUGGGAGGCGAAUAGUUUAGUGUUAUACAUUCUUACACAGCGAAAUUUCCGAGGUUCGAUUCACAACAUUUUAACUAUUUUAUUUAAACUUUAAUGUAUUACUUUGUUUUAUUUUCGUGAAAGUUUAAUAUCUUUUACAUUUAAAUACAUGUUGUGUCGUUGUUUUCUUCUGCUUUUCUCUAUUCUUAUAUUUGACAAUUUUCACAAAUAUCUAACAAAGAAUUUAUUUAAACAA